GGGAUGGGAGGGGAGGGCUGUUUGUGAGGAAUGAUAGUUGCUAGUGCAGAAGGACCAUCUGGUGAGUGUGACCCUGUUACAUCACACAUCCACGGCCUAGUCUGGUAUUCUGGUCAUCUCUCAACCAAGACACAUGAGAGGACCGGAGAGUACCAAGACUUCAGAUGUUUACUGACCUCUCUCAUCAAGCCCCUCUCAUCCAGGUGUACCUGCAGGCAGUCUUACAUGCAGCCAUGCAGCCAUGCAGAUCAGUCAUACAAUCACAGCCUGUGGUCUUCGGAGAGAGGUCUGAGGCAAGCAAUACCUUGCUAUCCCGGAUGUGGCAAACUGAAUUCUUUCAAAACAUGAUCACUGAUCUGCUUCCAUACCACUCAACCAAACAACAUGUCCUCGUGUGAUAUACGACUCUAAUCCCGACGUGACAUGCUUGUCUUUGUAUCAAUCCCUUACUCCUGUUAAUCUAAUUCCAACAUGUUCCAUCUGCAGUGGAAUCGUAAACCCAGUACUUACGACUCAGUCUGAUUCUCUUGCUGAAACAGGAAGUGAUGGUGUCUGUCACCAUGAGCAGCAGAGAGGCACUACUGGAGGAACAAGACGGAGACAACAGGAGUCUACAGAGGAUCGAUGCUCGGAGGAACUCUAUUCCCCCGGCACAGACUUUGACGGCGAAACAUUUACUGGCCUACCUCCCUAGACCGCCCCCGGACUCCACCCGCUACACCCCAUACCCAAAGAAGGUCCAGACAAAAAACGCCCUGGUAAUGCACAACUCCAGAAGAGCCUCGAUCAUCCCAAACACAAGCAACCACAACUACUACAACUUCCCCAUGUUCCUGUCUCAGCAGGGGGUUGCCCCCAGCCAGCAGGGGGUCGCCCCCAGUCCCACAGCCCCAAACACCAGCAACUAUGACAACAUUCCAGCUUUAUCCCUCCAGCAGUCCCCCUCCACGCCCCCCUCCCAGGACGCCCCCGCCCCUCUGCAGGACCCGGAGGACCCCCCCCACGAGCCGGACGCCUGCCAGCUCGCCAUCCAGACCGAACCGCUCGAACAGGCGCCGGAAGAGAUUCCCAAACCCCAUCGCUCCAACCGCGGCCGCCACAUCAAGCGCUUCAGCUCCAAGUGGAGCUGCAGCAGUCCCUCUGUGGCCGGGCGCGACCACGGCAACCACGGCCCCGAGGACGUGGCAGCCAGCGUCCCCGGAGACAAGGCUCUGCGGCAGCGCUGCAAACUCCUCGGGGACGAGCGCCCGUCGUACGGCACGGCGAGCCGGCAGCAGCGACAGCGCUACGUCACCAAGGACGGGAAAUGCCGGGUGAACCUGGGCCCCAUCGAGCACAAGAGCCGUUUCCUGUACGACCUCUUCACCACCCUGGUGGACCUGAAGUACCGCUGGUUCCUCUUCGUCUUCACCAUGUGUUACAUCGUCACGUGGGUGGCCUUCGCCGAGAUCUACUUCCUGGACGCGUGGCUGAGGGACGACGUGAACCACGUCAACGACCCGCAGUGGCUGCCUUGUUUCCAGAACGUGGACAGCUUCCUCUCCGCCCUGCUCCUGUCCGUGGAGAGCCAGAGGACCAUCGGCUAUGGGUCCAGGAUGGUGACGGCCAACUGCAUGGAGGGAGUGGUUCUCCUCAUGGCACAGUCCAUCGUGGGAUCCAUCAUCGACGCUCUCAUGGUGGGCUGCAUGUUCGUCAAGAUCUCCCGGCCCCAGAAGAGAGCCCAGACCCUGAUCUUCAGCAAGCACUGCGUCAUAUCCGAGCGAGACGAGAAGCUGUGUCUCCUGUUCCGCAUCGGAGACCUGAGGGCGAGCCACAUGGUAGACGCCAAAAUCAGAGCAAAGCUGAUUAAGUCCCGGCAGACGAAAGAGGGCGAGUUUAUCCCCCUGGAGCAGUCGGAAAUCAACCUGGGGUACGACACGGGGGGAGACAGGCUGCUGUUGGUGGAGCCCCAGACCAUCACCCACGUUAUCAGCGACAACAGUCCGUUCUGGGAAACAGGCGCAGAGUCUCUGAAGAGACAAAGGUUCGAGAUCAUCAUCAUCCUCGAAGGGAUUGUAGAAGCGUCAGGUAUGACGUGCCAAGCCAGGACUUCUUACACGGAGGAGGAGAUAUUAUGGGGUCACCGAUUCGAGUCCUGCAUGUCUCUCGAGAAGGGGGCGUUCCGCGUGGACUACAGUUCGUUUGACAAAACCUUUGAAGUGCAAACGUCUUCCCUCAGUGCGAGACAGAGGAGCGAGGAUGAAGUAGUAUUGUAGCUCUGAAUACUGGACAUCAAAUAAACAGAUCGCGCUUUAAAGACUUUGAAGAGUUAUUUCAAAUAUUAUUUGAAGAGUUACUUCAAAUCAUGUCUUGAAUGCUAUAGGAAUGCGUCUCAAUUCAAGGCUAUUCCAUCAUUUAGCAUUUUCAUAAUACGUGGUGUCCAAUUACUCAAUAAAAUCAUUUCAUACGAUUACAUUUUCAUCCCAACACCAUUUUACAUUAUUUAGCUUAAUAUCAUUUUUACGUUGUGUGUACC